AUGUCUGGGCAGGCAGAUGCGGACGCAACGUGCUACCCGCACUAUGCCGACAAGUACUUCGAGUGUCCAACUCGAAGUUCUUCCAUCCUUUGGCUUGGAAUCGUAGAGGUUGUUUUCAUCGUGAUCUACGUGUCGGAGUGCGUGGCACGAGUCUAUGUGGAACGAGCCCGUUUCCUCUGCAGUUCCUGGAACGUGGUGGACCUCACGACAGUCCUCCUUGGCUGCCUUCAGCUGGCCCUGGCAGAUACAGUGAAUUUGAGCCUGCUCAGGUUGUCAAGGAUAGCUCGCGUACUGAAAGCAGUGCGGCUUUUUAUUUCCGUGCCGGAGCUGUACAUGCUAAUCGGCGGUCUAUAUUCAUCGCUGAAAGCCAUCAUUUUUGGGGCCAUCAUGCUUAUUGUGAUGAUUCUGGUUUGGGCAGUGGUGUCUGUGGAGAUACUACACCCCAUUGCUUCUGUGAUUGACUUUCCGGGGACGUGCGAACGAUGCUCAAGAGGUUUUGCUGACAUCUUUUCUGCUUCUGUGACCAUUUUCCAGCAGAUAGUUGCUGGAGAUUCUUGGGGCGCGAUCUCCAUCCCGCUUGUCGAGCGUGCUCCUGGAACUGCAAUCCUCCUCUUCGCCAUCAUGUUGACCAUAUCCGUGGGACUGAUGAACUUGAUCCUCGCGGUCAUUGUCGAAAGGGCAGCAGAGGCGCGGGAGAACGAUCAUGCCAAGAAACUCCAGCAAAAGGAAGCCGAGCGCAGCAGGAGCAUGGAGGAUCUGGUCCUGCUAUGUGCCGGGAUGGACAUCAAUGCAAAUGGCAUGAUCUCUUAUCAAGAGCUCUUGAAGGGUUAUGACAGGCUGAACGAUUUCCAGAAGCUGAUGGAUGUGAUGGAUAUCAAGCGAGACGAUCUAGAGUCCAUCUUCUAUGUCUUGGACGAGGACGGCUCUGGUGAGGUGUCAUACCUGGAGUUUUGCUCGAGCUUGGGGACCUUCUUCAAGCGCGAGCCCAUCAUUAUGCACUCACUCGUGCGCUACUCCGUCAUGGAGAUUCGUGCCUGGGGCUCUGGCUUUGAAUGCUUGAAGUGGAGUCAAGCCGUUUUUGACUCCCCGGAAGCACGGUUUGUACCGAGGACCGUCUUCAGCCAGGAGGAGCCUCGUAGUUUCUUAAAUCCGGCGCUGGACUCCGUGCAGCGAAUCGACCACCAGCUUCGUCUGCAUCUCGCCCGAGCAGAGGAGCUCGCAAGAGCUGCGGUGGAUCAGCUCGUCUCCACCUAUGCAGGCACGGGCUGGACCCAGGAGGUGCCCAAGCCGAAUCUACGAAGCUGCGGGAGACAGAGGACUCAGAGGACCAGAAGUCCUUCCAGGGAUCCGCGAGCUCAUCGAGGAUCAGGUGAGUCCAUCGAUGACAAGUUUGUCAGAAUUUGUGGAGGCUUCCGGGAGCGGAUGCAGGAGGCUGAAACUCUGCAGGAAGACUUCAGGAAAAUAGUGGUAUAUUUCAACUCCUUGCGUGCGAGUUGUACUGAUGGCGAAUUAAAGGACCUCAUGGAGGACCCGCACAUAGAAAAUAACUCCCUCUAG